UGUAGGCUGCUUUCCAGAGAACUACAUGCCCUUCUAUUCUCGGAAACAGCCAAAGGAACAAGUGGCUGCUGAAGACAAAAGUUCCCUGCAAAAGCCUGCACAGGGAGAUGCCUGCAGCUAUCUAUCAGGAGGAGGGAAAGACGGGGUUUCCCUUCCUUAAAAGACUUUUGCACCUGUUGAUAUGCUGUCAUUAUUUUCAGCUGAAGACCUGCUAAGUCCUGGAUCUCUCUGCUGACUCUCAACCACAGGAAGCAUCAUAUUUCAAAAAUCUGUGAAGUUUGAACAAACAGCCGUCCCAAGAUGUACCAAAUAUCUCAACUGAUGUCAACACCAGUAGCAAGUAAAUAUUCUUCCCCGUCGGAGAAAGAAUGUGCUGUAGAGCCGUCUCCCCCAUGUAUUCUCCCAAGCUCUGUCUGUGAUUUCCUCAAUGGUGACAGUCCCUUUGAGGGUUGCUCCGGAGAUCCCCUGAUGGGCUCCCCGUUCACCUGUCGACGAAGUCCCAGACUUCUCACCAACGGCUACUACAUCUGGACAGAAGACAGUUUUCUCUGCGACGAAGACGGCAACAUAACCCUGAGCCCCUCCCAGACCAGGGUUCUCUACAAGGAGAACUUAGUCAGAAUAUUUAGAAAGAAAAGGAGAAUCCGCCGUUCUUUUUCUUCUCUCUUCAACCUCAGCGCCUCUGAAUCCUGGCUGCAUGGGAGCAUCUUCGAUGAUGUUGACUCCUCCCCCAGUGAGGAUGUCUGGUUGGAGGGGGUCAGGAGACUGGAAACAAACCCCUGCAAAGAAAAUGGAGGUGAUUUUGACUGUUCUCUGACUGAUGACUGGGAGUCACAGAAGCUGAAUGCAGAGUCUGUGAAAGCCUCCUUUUCCGGCCCCGUUGCCUCUCAGAGACCCAGAGAAAACUCCCACGGCUUGUCUCCUCAGUCCCAGUGGACAGCUUCUGAACGUUUCCAGGAAGAUGCAUUGGAUCAUCCAAAAACCAGUUUGUUACGAGAGGUCUCCUUUCAAGCAAUUCUGCUUGCUGCAUGCUUAAUCAUUUCUGCCUGUGCAAGGUGGUUUCUGGGAGGAAUCAUAGCCAGUGUCUUCUCCUGUUCCUUGGUGAUAAUCAUUGCUUAUGUUGUCAAGUCAUCCUUUUUCAGCCUUGCCAAAUAUUUCAAAGCCACCACCUGCACUUGGUUUGCCAAAAUCUGACAACCAUUCAUGAGGGCCUCUGAUGAAUGUCUUCAAUCUGAAUAUCCAGAAAUUGUCUGAUUUGUGGUCUGCUUGGAAUCAACUGUUUGUUGGAGAGAGUGCACAAUUGGAUAAUUGAGGGAAAAAAAGGAUUUUUAUUUCGUUAUGUCGGUUUUUUCAAAAAAUCUAUUUUGCCCUCACAGUGAUAGUAUGCUCAUGAAAAUAAUAUUAAUUUGUCUUUCCUUUGCAAACACUAGCAGUUGGAAGGGAAAGGACUGGGAAAUGUGACAAAGAACAAACCACCUGGAUGAAUGGUCUCCUAUUAUACCUUAUACCUUAAGGCAAUGGUUCUCAAACAUUAGUUUUUGUUAGAGAAGUCUAUGAGGAGCUUAUAGCAAUGCAGGUUCCUGGGCCUGCCUGUCUAUACCUAUCCUUUGAUGAACUGCUGCAGUUGUACAAAGAAAAGGAAUUUACAUAAUCAACACUGACUCGAAAGUAAAUAAAUGUGGUCUACAUAAAAUACAAUGUAGAAAAAGUUAGCAGUUCUCCCCAAGGAAACCUUGUAAUUGAAGGUGGUGACCAUAGAUAAUGGUUGAUAGACAACAGGCAGGAGAGAGCCAUUUUCUAGACAGUUCUUCUUUUGAACCAAUUUCUUUACCAAGUUUUCAAUCAUCUUGGGACUCAUGACUACUUUUCACUCAAAUUUAAAUUCAAGCAAAGAUACAACAACAACAAAAUCCUUUAGGGGCAAAAUAAAGGCAAAACACCAUAGUGCUUUAAAAUAUGUAAAAAAUGGUAUGGUUACACAUGCGUUAUAGGAGAUGUUCCCUCUCCAUUCCUCUUGCUUCAUAUAUAUUCCCAAAGCAAACGUGGCCUGCAAUUCAGAUUUACUUUGUAUGGUAUUCUUUAACUAGAAAUUUGUAUGCAGAAAAUUGCCUGUGUUUAAAAUGGUCAAAAUAUCACUUUUUCUAUUGAUCGUACUUAAUGCAUUUUUUUGUUGUUGUUGAAAAAGUAUUAUACUAAUAAAUAAAAGGAGUCAUCACUGACUUGUUUUGAUC